ACCAAUGAAACUCGUAUGCGUAAGGAGGCGGGGCGAGGUGGCUGCCCGGUUCAGGGCGGAAGCGGCUGCUCUCGGGUUAGGGCCGAGGGACGAAAGAUGGCGGCGACGUCCCUGCUCUUUCAGCUGCUAUGGCCUCUGUUCCUGGGGCCGCUGUUGUCCGACGUGCCGGCCUGCGUUGUCGGGAGCUUGAACCUGGAGGAGCUGAAUGAGAUGCGGUAUGGCAUCGAGAUCCUGCCGCGGCCUGUCAUCGGGGGUCAGAGCCAGUCUUCAGAGGUCGUGAUUGUUUCCUCCAAGUACAAACAGCGCUACGAGUGCAGGUUGCCGGCGGGAGCCAUUCACUUCCAGCGGGAGCGUGAGGAGGAGGCCCCUCCUUAUAAAGGGCCCGGAGUCCCCGAGCUGCUGAACCCCAUGCGAGACGCGCCCUGCCUAGUGAAAACCAAAGACUGGUGGACGUAUGAAUUUUGUUAUGGACGUCACAUACAACAAUACCACAUGGAAGAUUCAGAGAUCAAAGGUUCUGUUCUCUAUCUUGGAUAUUACCAAUCUUCCUUCAACUGGGAUGAUGAGACUGCCAAGGUAGCCUCCAAGCAACACCGUUUGAAACGCUACCACAGUCAGAAUUAUGGAAAUGGCUCCAAAUGUGAUCUGAAUGGUCGACCCAGAGAGACUGAAGUCCGAUUUCUGUGUGAUGAAGGUUCAGAUGCUUCAGGUGACUACAUUGAUCGGGUGGAUGAGCCUCAAUCAUGUUCUUAUGUGCUGACUAUUCGGACCCCCCGACUCUGCUCCCAUCCUCUUCUUCGACCUCCUCCAAGUGCUGCCCCUCAGGCUAUCCGAUGCCACCCUACCUUACAGCCAGAGCAGUAUGGAGCAUAUAUCCAGGGACAAGUGUUAGAUGCAAAGCAGAAAAUUGAAGAAAUCUCUGAGAAGCUUCACAACCCAGACCUUGAAAUGUGGAGUGAGACAAAGUUUGGUGUCCUCAGUACAAAGGGAACAGGUAUGACCCCACCCAAAGGUGACCCUGGAGAAUCAGAUAUCUGGAACAAGCCUCUUGAGACUGAAGAACAGGAUCCCCAAAAGCAAGAGGCUGAGGCGGAGGAGCAGGACCCCAAUCUGGAGAAGGAAGGUCCAGCAGUAGAUCCUGCAGAUGGUUUCCAUGACAAUGUGCAAGUCAAGGUCAUUCGGAAUCCAGGGGACUUGGUUCGAUUCAUAGAAGAACUGAAAGGUGGGACAAAAAAGGGAAAACUAAACCCAGUCCAGGAAGGAGAUGCAGAGACCAGCACAGAAGUCACCCAGGAGGGACCAGAGGGCAAAGCUGAUGGUGGUGAAGAAGAGAGGAGUGAAGAGGAAGAAGAUGAUGAAGAAGAACAACUCUUGGGGGAAUUUGAAAAGGAGCUAGAAGGAAUGCUACUACCUUCAGACCGAGGCCGACUUCGGUUUGAGGUGAAGACUGGGAUGGAGAAGGAGCUGGAUAACAUCAUACAGGAGGCAGAAUCAGAGCUGGAUCCAGAGGAGCCAAGGAGUGCAACAGAACGUAGUCAAGCCUCCCAGGCCUUGGCAUCCACUCUCAACAAGCUCAUUCAGAGGAUGGAUGGAAGGCAGGGACCUGACCAGGGGGAAGGGCCCAUGGAAGGUGGUACUGCCCCUCCAACUAGCCCUCCCCCACCUCAGUCCACAGAUGAGGAAACUGAGCGCCGGGUCAGAGUUCGGGUCACCAGACUCCGUGCUGGAGGCCCGAACCAGGAUCUGUCUGUCUUUGAGAUGAAGCGGGAAAAUCCACAAGUGAAACAUAUAGAGGGACUGGUGAAGGACCUGCUUGAGAGGGAGGGGCUCACAGCUGAAGGUAAAGUUGAGAUCAAGAUUGUUCGGCCGGGAGCUGGAGAGACUGAGGAGGAGGAUGGACAUUGGCUGUCUGAUGAGGACACCAAGAACCUAAAGGAGAUUUUCUUCAACAUCCUGAUCCAGGGAGCAGAGGAGGCACAGAAAGAGCGACAAAGACAGCGUCAGUUGGAGAGUAAUUACCGACGAGUAUGGGGGCCCCAAGGGGAGGAGGGAACUGGGGACCACGAGGAGUUUGACUUCUGAGAUGCCUUCUCCCCACAGUCACUCUGAAGAGUCCUUCUGAACCUCUCUAACCUGUCACCUGCACCGAACCCCCAUUUUAGUGUCCCCAGAAAAGGAACAACAGACUGGAGCCGAGCUGUGGAGUCCAGGGAACUCGGGAGGGGUUCUUUCAUCGGGGGUAUUGGGGCUGGGUGGGAUUUAGCAUGCUAUUGCUACAAGAUGUUUGUAACAAUAAUAGAGUUCCCCUCAAGAUUAGUCUAGCCUUCUCCCUCUCCUGUAAUUUCCCAACUUUAGCUCUUUCUCCUAGAUCUCCACUUAUCCUUUCCUAGCUCUUUAUCUCACUCUCUAUCCUGAGGUACUAUGGCCUAUUAAAAAACAAAAAACAAAAAUUAGAGGGGAUGCUAAGGGGGGGGUGGGGGUGGUGAAUGGUGGCCAUUAAUAGAGCUUAAAUUUCCUUGAUUGCUCUAUCCUGGGAAUUGAAUGUUACUCAUUUAAAAAUAUUCCCAGUAGUAUGUCUGCCCCACUUCUCUUGUCCUUAGAGAGUUUCCCACCUCCUACUAUUUGGAGUCACUUUGCUCCCUUGCUUAGGAUGGGAUGAUGUCUAAUUGGAAUUCUCCCAGUAAUUUCCCCUGUAUGAUUUGGAGGGUGGGGGUGAGAGGCAACUUCCUCCUCUGGUUGUGAUGCCAUAGGAGAUGGGAAGGGCCUUCACCACUAGGAUUUGGGGGUUUCCCUGUCCCCUCCUUUUGAAUAAUCAGGUUUCUUAAUAAAGUGAACUGGACCCUGAAACUGUCUGUCUAUUAGAGGUAGGCUUUCUUAUUCUCAUUACACUGCCUAGAGAAGAGUUUUCCUGUCCAGAGGAAAGGAAGGAACUCUUCUCUUGCCUCUAUCCUGCUCAGCUUCUUGCUUGGGGGUACAUUCUUCAGGCUCUGCUUUCUUUCGACCUUCAAACUGCUUUUUCAGGGGAUGGAAGGGGAAGGGGUGAGAGGGGUGGGGAAAGUGACAUGUUCACACCUAUUCAUGGCAGAAAGCAGUCAGGCCUAAGAAGGCCCAGAUAAUUUCUGCUUUCUCUUUUCUUUCUCACUGUCCCUAUUGUGGCUGUUCUUAUCUCCUGCUUCCUUGACACUGGUUUCUCCUCUCCUUUCACCUUAUGUCUAAAAUCUGAAACCUGGGUAGUUAAUGUUUGCCUUGUACAUAGCCAGUCUUAGAAAGGGAUUUCCCUCCCAUUUCCCAGUUUUUAUUCCUAAUUUUUUUAAGGUUAUCUUUCCAUCCCAUACACAACCUAAGGCCACCAACGGAAUCUGCCCCUAUCCUCAUCUCUAUCCUUCUGUCUUCCUUGCAUACCUGAUAUUUUCUUCUUCUCCGUGGAAAUUAGGUUAUUACUAUCCAUUUAAAGCAUUGGAAUAUUUUUAAAUUUUGGAAUAUGUAAUUUAAAGAAAAUUUAGUAGAGUUGGAAGGUAGGGAAAGAAUCAAUCUUCAAUAACAGAGCUUAUAGCUGGGCAGAGAUUAAUAUGUAAUGUUCAUUGGACCCAUCUGCUGUCAGUCUUUCAGCCAAUUGGAACCUGGUGUUAGGUGCCAGAAGGAAUCAGUUUUGAUGCUUGAAAAGAUAGAUCUGAACACUGGGAGAGUUGUGAUAAGGCAAGCUUUGAGGACCUGGAAAAGAUGAAAUCUGAGCCACGUGAGAUGGGCUUUUGAUAGACUGAGAUAAUAGCUACAGGACAAUGAACUUUUUCACCUAAAAGGGUAAGACUAGGGAAAUUCAGGAGAAUAUGUUCGACUGACUGAAGGUUUGUCACAGAGAGGUUGAAGGGGAAAGUAAAACCAGGGUGAGAAAGGGUUAAAGUGAAAAGUUUUCCUAUUAUUUUGGGAAGUGAUGGUUCAGUAUGACAUGUUGCUUCAAUUUAUUUCUUGCCUUAAUUAUCUUGUAAAAUUUUUUUAACCCUUACUUUGUACUGGUUGAAUGGAAGUUAUACUUGCAAACAGCUGACCUCAAGGAUAGGAGAAACCUUCAGAUUUCCUUGGAAGUCAGGUGUGAACUGGUGACAGCAAGAGAGAGAGAAAGAGAGAAGGAAGAAACCCUGGGGAAGGGGCUUUGGGAUUCAAUUGCAGAAAUCAUACUCAUCCUCCCAGGAGCCAGUGGUGGAAUGCAAAACCUCUGAGCCUGCUUCACAUAUGUGAGAUUGUUUUUGAAGGACACAUCACAGACAAACUACUGGGAUAGGUGAUGCAAACUGAGACUGACCUCAUAAGGAAGUAAAGGCUCAUGAUGAACAGGUGUGUUAUCCCAGGGAGUCUCUGAACUUGAAGGAGGCUUCUGCUGUAAUAAAUAUAAUAGAUACCUGUGGAUAGUUGGGCUGUUCACCACCAUUUUUCCAGUCAAAAGUUGCAAUAGCAAAUUGCUUUCAGAAUUUUUUUCUUUUGGAAGGAUUGUCAAUUCCCUCCCCCCACUCCCACUCCCCAGGAACUACUUGCAGAAAGCAGAAAUCUUAUAAGCCUUGCUUCAAUUCAUGAACCACACCUUCAGUUAAAGAAUUAUGAAGAAAGAGAAGACUCAGACUAGAUGUGUUAACCAAAAAACCACUUCUACAAUUGGAAAAUAGCUGUAAAUGAAAAAGAUUUGUCCUUUUUUUUUUUUUUUUUUUUUUGUUUGUUUUGUUUUGUUUU